GACAAGUUGCCAGUGAUCUACAGACACUUCCAAAAGCCCAGGGCAGCUCCUCUGUGCUUCACUAGCAGUCUCACCAGAGGUGGGUGACAGCACCAUGGAGGAGUAACAAGGAAGCUCCACAAAGACUAUCUAAAACAAAAAGAGAAGAUAAGAGGCAUUUUGCACUGUUCCUGACAGCUUUCCUUCUUUCCUGCCCUCCUAAAACCUCUGCUUUCCUGUUGCCAUGGAGAAGGUCCAGCACAUAACCCGCUCUGCUCUGAGGAGAGCCUCAACUAUCGAGGUCAACCCACAAGCACGCCAAAGGCUCCAAGAGCUCUUUGUGAAUUUCUGCCUCAUUUUAAUUUGCCUCUUGCUGAUCUGUAUCAUUGUGAUGCUCCUCUGAAGUUCCAGCACUUCUCUGCACUGUCCUCUAGGAAAGUCACCUCAAAGGGAAAAGAGACCUCCACUGCAACUCCUGAUGCAUGGAUCCUGUGGUGAGAGGGGGUGGCACUGGGACUAGGGCUGCGUGCCAACCAUCCUGCUAUUCUCUU